AACGAACUCUACAGCAUGAGAGGUUUCAAACUAGGGUCUUCCUUUUUCAUGAUCUCCCUGCGAUGAUGGUCUACUGCACCGGUGUCUCAUUUUCCCAGGUGGCCUUCUUUGCUGCCCUUUUCUCCCUUUUGUCCAUACAAGCCGUCCAUCCUAUAGUUCCACUACUACGGCCAAUCUCAUUCGAGAGCGCCGAGAAACAGAAUCCUAAAGUCAAUAACUAUAACACGUCAAACAAUAUACGGUUUAUUUGUAAGGUGGUUGAAUAUUUUCGAUCAUCAUAUAGUGUAUAAUAGAAUUUUCAUGUCGGUUCUAUAGCGAUAAGCUUAGUGAUAGAUAUUUGACAAAUGAAAGGGAGCACGCCGUUGGAAGCACAGGCGCCAGGGCAGCAUAGCUCUAUGUGUUUGUUAUACAGAUGUUGGGAUGAAUAUCCCGGGAAUCAUUAAAAGAAGUUCACCAUCCAGAAACGCC